GAGCCGGGGUUCCUCGACGCCCACGUGCCCACCAACGGGAUCGGGACGCACACCAUGAGAGCGCUGCUCGACUCCGCGCGUGUCGUGCCGCCCGGUGAGCUCCACUGCUCCCAGUGGAUUGAAGAACCGACACUUCUGGUCACACGAUUUGAGUAUGCAAACCUUUUCCACACAAUCACAGACUGGUACAGUGCAUAUGUUAGUUCCAGAGUCACGAAUUUACCUGAUCGUCCUAAUGUUGUUUUCGUGGAUGGGCAUUGCAAGGCACCACUGGAGCAAACAUGGGAAUCACUUUUUUCGAAUGUGACCUAUGCCAAGAGCUUCUCUGGCCCUGUUUGUUUCCGGCAUGCAGUUCUUUCACCAUUGGGCUAUGAGACUGCUCUAUUUAAGGGGCUUAGUGAAAGCUUCAGCUGUGAAGGAGCCUCUGCUCAGUCCCUUAGAAAUAAACCAGACCACCAGAAAACUGCACGGUUGUCUGAAUUUGGGGAGAUGAUUAUAGCUUCUUUUGAUCUUCUGGAGGAUGGGAUCGUGCCGCCUAAAAAAACAUCAAACGGACUCAAGAUUCUCUUUGUUCGGAGAGAAGACUACUUGGCCCACCCACGUCACAGUGGAAAGGUUGAAUCUAGGCUAAGCAAUGAGCAGGAGGUAUUCGAUGCAGUUGAGAAGUGGGCAAAAGGUCAGAAGUGCAAAAUAACUGUCGUGAAUGGUCUUUUUGCGCACAUGAGCAUGAAGGAGCAACUCCAGGCUAUCCUGGAAGCUUCAGUCAUAAUAGGGGCUCAUGGGGCUGGUCUGACACACCUGGUUUCAGCCACGCCAGACACAAAAGUUCUUGAGAUAAUCAGCAGCUUCUAUAGACGCCCACAUUUUGGCUUGAUCUCACGCUGGAAGUCGUUAGAAUAUCAUGCCAUAAAUCUCCCUGGAUCAUAUGCAAGUAUCCCAGAUGUUACCAGUGAGUUAGGGAAUAUACUGAAAGGUCUCGGAUGCUGAAACAGAGUGAUUCUUGGCGUUGAGUUACAGUUGGAGAGCGCACUCUACUGGUCAUUCAUUCAGUCACGCCCGUGGUCUAGGAGCCACACAGCCCCAGUUCUUCGCAGAGGAAUUUUCGGCUGCCAGAUGUAAACCGAUUUUCCGCUGACAAGCUACUGAUGACACGAAGAAACCCAAUUGACACUGUCCAUUCCGUUCUCGACGUGUUCGCCGCGGUCCUGGGGAUGGAUCGAACUGUAAUUGUAAUUUUAUCGUUUGGGCUUGGAAAGUUUUUGUGUUGCAAUGCGAGUGUCGAGUGCCGCCUCCCGCUGCCCAGUUCCUGAUGAACAUUUAUUCUUGUGCACGGUGUAUGAUGUGCCCAUUA